CGAGGGGCGACCGGGCUGGGGCUGCUGCACGCCCAGGGCGGAGGCCGAGCCGGGCCCCCGCCGCGCCCCGGCGGCUCGCCGCGCCCACCCCGCUCCGCGCAGAGGGCUGGAGGAUGAGUUCCCCGGGGUCCGGAUUUAUGAAAAUAUGCAUCAGUUUAAUACUGUCUUGGAAUUCAUGAGAUGGAAGCAUAGGUCAAAGCUGUUUGGAGAAAAUUGGAAGUACAGUUUUAUCUAGCCACAUCUCUGAGGAGUCAGGAGAAAGCAGUGGAAGUUGGAGUCAUUGUCAAGUGAUUGAGACCUUUUACAAGAAAAUCUCAUUGAAUAAAAAUCUUUUAAAUUAGUGACAUAACAAGACCAGUUAUUAAAUAUUAAAGGUGACAGUGUACAGGAAACGUUAAAAUUGAACAAUGACUCAGCUAUAUAUUUACAUCAGAUUAUUGGGAGCCUAUUUAUUCAUCGUUUCUCAUGUUCAAGGGCAGAAUCUAGACAGUAUGCUCCAUGGUACUGGGAUGAAAUCAGACUCCGACCAGAAAAAGUCAGAAAGUGGAGUGACCUUAGCACCAGAGGAUACCUUGCCUUUUUUAAAGUGCUAUUGCUCAGGACACUGCCCGGAUGAUGCUAUUAAUAACACAUGCAUAACUAAUGGUCAUUGCUUUGCCAUCAUAGAAGAAGAUGACCAGGGAGAAACCACAUUAGCUUCAGGGUGUAUGAAAUAUGAAGGAUCUGAUUUUCAAUGCAAGGAUUCACCGAAAGCCCAGCUACGCAGGACAAUAGAAUGUUGUCGGACCAACUUAUGUAACCAGUAUUUACAACCUACACUGCCCCCUGUUGUUAUAGGUCCAUUUUUUGAUGGCAGCAUUCGAUGGCUGGCUUUGCUCAUUUCUAUGGCUGUCUGCAUAAUUGCUAUGAUCAUCUUCUCCAGCUGCUUUUGUUACAAACACUAUUGCAAGAGCAUCUCAAGCAGACGUCGUUACAAUCGUGAUUUGGAACAGGAUGAAGCAUUUAUUCCAGUUGGAGAAUCAUUAAAAGACCUUAUUGAUCAAUCACAAAGUUCUGGUAGUGGAUCUGGACUACCCUUAUUGGUUCAGCGAACUAUUGCCAAACAGAUACAGAUGGUUCGGCAAGUUGGUAAAGGCCGAUAUGGAGAGGUGUGGAUGGGUAAAUGGCGUGGUGAGAAAGUGGCAGUCAAAGUGUUUUUUACCACUGAAGAAGCUAGCUGGUUUCGGGAAACAGAAAUCUAUCAAACUGUGCUAAUGCGCCAUGAAAACAUACUUGGUUUUAUAGCUGCAGAUAUUAAAGGUACAGGUUCCUGGACCCAGCUCUAUUUGAUUACUGAUUACCAUGAAAACGGAUCUCUCUAUGAUUUCCUGAAAUGUGCUACGCUAGAUACCAGAGCCCUGCUUAAGUUGGCUUACUCCGCUGCUUGUGGUCUGUGCCAUCUCCACACAGAAAUUUAUGGCACUCAAGGAAAGCCUGCAAUUGCUCAUCGAGACUUAAAGAGCAAAAACAUCCUCAUUAAGAAAAACGGAAGUUGUUGUAUUGCUGACCUGGGCCUUGCUGUUAAAUUCAACAGUGAUACAAAUGAAGUCGAUGUACCUUUAAAUACUAGAGUGGGUACCAAACGCUACAUGGCUCCAGAAGUGCUGGAUGAAAGCCUGAAUAAAAACCAUUUCCAGCCCUACAUAAUGGCUGACAUCUAUAGCUUUGGCCUGAUCAUUUGGGAAAUGGCUCGUCGUUGUAUCACAGGAGGAAUAGUAGAAGAGUACCAGUUGCCAUAUUAUAACAUGGUACCCAAUGAUCCAUCAUAUGAAGAUAUGCGCGAGGUUGUGUGUGUCAAACGUUUGAGGCCAAUUGUAUCUAAUCGAUGGAACAGUGAUGAAUGUCUACGAGCAGUUUUGAAGCUAAUGUCGGAAUGCUGGGCCCACAAUCCAGCCUCCAGACUUACAGCUCUGAGAAUCAAGAAGACACUUGCUAAGAUGGUUGAAUCUCAAGAUGUAAAGAUUUGACAGAUAAAUAAUCAUGAGAAAUUCUAGACUGCAAAAACUGUUUUCACCCAUGGAACAGGUGGAAUUAGAGUAGAAUAAGGAUGUUAACUUGGUUCUCAGACUUUCCUCACUACACCUUCACAGGCUGCUAAUAUUAAACCUUUCAGUACUCUGUAGAAUACAAGCUGGGAACUUCUAAACACUUCAUUCUUUAUAUAUGGACAACUUUAUUUUAAAUGUGGUUUUUGAUGCCUUUUUUUUUUAUUGGGUUUUUAUGAACUGCAUCAAGACUUCAAUUCUGAUUAAGUCUCCAGUCAAACUCUGGGUACUGAAUUACCUAUUCAUAAAAUGGUGCUUUCUGUGAAAGCCUUAAGAAGAUAAAUGAAUUCAGCAGAGAUGGAGAAAUAGACAUUUUUGCCUUCUACCUGAGAAAAUUUAAUCUAUUUGUAUUCUACCUUUGUAAACAGCCUAUGGAUUAUGAUCUGUUUGGGAUACUGCUUAGUUUAUGGUAGUUUGUCAUGCCUUGAUAGUGGGUGUGUGUGUGUGUGUGUGUGUGUGUGUGUGUGUACAUGCAUGCAUACCAGAAUUCUUCUGCUGCCAUUUAAAUUAGAAGAAAAUAAUUUAUGAAUGCACAGGAAGGUAUUUGGUGGCUUUUGGUUUUGUGCUUUAAAAAUGCAUUAUCUGACCAAGAUUCGCCAAUUAUAGAAAAGCCAUUUACCUUGCAAGUGAGCUAGUUUCUCUACCAACUAUAUUUUUUAACAUUAAAGUUGAUAACAAAGGCCAAAAAAAGUUUAAAGUAUACCUAAAUUUGGACUGUUUUCCUUCCUCCACAAACUUUUUUUUGUAAUUAUUAUUUUUGUCAUGAAAGCAUCCUAUCCAAAGUUGGAACUUCCAAUGUCAUGAACCUUUUAAGGAAUGCACUUCUUUUUGAAGUGAAUACUAAUUACUGCAUUUGAUAGCAAUGUAAGUGCCUAUAACCAUGUUCUGUAUUCUUUAUUCUCAGUAACUUUUAAAAGGGAAGUUAUUUAUAUUUUGUGUAUAAUAUGCUUUAUUUGCAAAUUACCUGCUCCUUUACAACCAUAUUUUAUAUAUGUACAUACAUCCAUACCAUAGAAACCAGCUCAUGUGUACCUCAUAUCCCAUCCUUAAGGGAAAAAAAAUUAAAAGAUCAUCAGAAAAAAAAUGUCAUAAAGUAGAACUACCUAAAAAUUUUCAGAAAUAAUUCAAAGUAGUAUAUCAAUGCCAGGACUUUGUUUAACUUCAGGUCUAGGCAUACUUUCAUGAAGAUACCAUCAUCUCAAUAUUCCUUUAUAAUGGGAUCCUCCAAUUAGAAAUUUCUGUUUCAGAGUUAAUACAAAUUUAUCAACUGUUUUAGACAUUUAAGUCACUUGAGAUUUUUGGUUUUAUGAUUUCUGUUCCUUACGUUUGUAAAGACAAGAGUUAGGCAAAAAAAAGUUCAGUAUCUAGUCAAUACGUAUUAACUAUACCAUAUACCUGUUAUUCAAUAAAAGUGCUACAUAUUUUAUGGA